GUUUCUUCCGUGUUUAGCAGCGUUAAGAGUACAACCACCCCUCUCGAAGAGGAAAGAUGGUUCAGUCUUGAGAGCACGUCAACCAACCGCUGGGGACACACUGCCACCUAGCGGCGCCUUUCAGAAAUACAAGUACGCUUGUAAGAACCAGUCUAUUAUGGCUAGAAUUGAAAAAGACGGGUUGUUUUUGCUCUCAAGCUUCCCGCACUGUGCUUCUGGAGGGGAGAAUCUACAUGACGGCACUGAAUGGUCAACAACGGAACUAAAUUCUUCUGGACGAGGCGAGGCUCGAUGGGCUACGAAGACUAGUUGUGAUUUCCUCGUUGGCUGUUCAUGGAAAUAGAUGCAGAUUGGACGUUUUUCGAGGACAUUUAGAGGACACACGAAGAUAUAUCAUACAUGCAAAUAGAGUGAAGAGCUGCUGAUAUAAAUAACACUUCAAACAUGCCUCCAGCAUCAGCAAUACAGGGAAUAAACCCCAAUGCAGACAGAGGGUUGGGCAUUAGUUCGCUGCUGGGAACAGACUAUGAGAGGAAAAAACUGAAACUUCAGCAGGAACUUCAGUCGGACUACAAACACUAUGUCACCCAGAAAAAGGAUAUGAAAACGAAUGGACCUCACCCACAACCACAGGGUCUCUCCCUACCGAUUGAUGAGAAGACCUCAGCUAAGGAAAAGCUGAGAGAGGAGAGAAAAAAAGAAUACAACCUCUUCCUCCAGGAAAAAGGUCAAAUCGGAAGGUUGAAGAGGGGAGCACCUCCUGUCACGUCCAAGGUUCAAUCUUCAGAUGCUGUACACACUUCUACUCCAGCUCCUCCCCCGACCGCCCUCUACACCCACACCAACACACUCCCUCCUUACAGGGAGCGCCCCGCGUCCAGGAGAGACGCCGCCACUCUGACCGAGGCAGUGGACGGCGUGAAGAGCCCAGGGACUUGGGACCCAAGCCAUCGGCGGCAGCGGCGGCGUUGGCUCAUUUACAGACCGACGGAGCCCUAUAGCUCCGAGGAGGAGCCGAUCACAGACAAAGAGGAGGAGCUGGAGUUUGGACGCCGGAGGAGAAAGGGCAGAAACACUCCAGAGGCCGAUGUCAAAGAGGAGAGGAGUAGGAGAGAACACAGAGACAACAGCAGAGCUCCUCAGGACAUAAAGGAAGUGGAGGCCCCUGGUGUUCAAGAUCUGAACAACUAUGAUUGGUUUUGGAAAUCUGACACGAGUCCGGCUGCAAGACCCAUCCAUCCCACCAGCAGGGACAAAGCUGAGUUUGCUACUGGACUCCUAAUUGGGGCAACGGGAGAGGAGCAGGCCGCCUCCCAGAUGAGGAAAGAACAGUAUAAGCAGGAGCUUCUGAAACAAAUUGCAGAGGAGCAGAGGAACAAGAUUAGGGAGAAGAAACUUGAGCUGAGGGUCGCAGCUACUGGAGCCACAGACCCUGAAAAGACGCCCGACCGAAUCAAGCAGUUCGGGGCUGUAAAUCGGCAACGAGGCGUUCCCUACGCGCUCGGGAUGGAUGAUAGACCCACUGAAACUACAGAACAGAGAGGUCCCUUCAAUGAGGACUACCACAGGGACUUCUACAACAUGCUUGGAGAGGUGGCCGUCCCCAGGGUUGCAGGUGCUCCUCCUCCAAUACCUCCCACUGUAACUGAUGAUUACAGGACCCCAUAUGAUGAUGCCUAUUACUACUACGGGACAAGACAUCCGUCGGAUCCGGAUCCUCCUCACUAUCAGAAUGUUCUGCCUGGGAGGGUGCAGCCGCCUGGGAAUCUCCGGAGCCCUCCUCACAAACCCGCUGCUCUCAGACCCGGUCACCACAGCGAGUCAGUAGCAACGGAGCAGCAGAUCAGCAUGAUGUCUCCGCUGCGUGUUGGAGAGCUUCCUGUUGACAAGUCCAAGCAGAAGAGGGAGAGUGCGAUCAGCUAUCAGGAAGCACUCAGGCAGCAGAUCAAAGAGAGAGAGGAGCGUAGAACACGAGAGAAAGAAGAGAAGGAGCAAUACGACGCCAAGUUCGAGGCCCAGAUGAAGGCGUACAACCCCUGGGGGAGAAGCGGCGGUGGCGCUCCGAUUAAAGACCAAGAGGGCAACCUUUUUAGUGACUUGAAACAAUUGCGCAGGAUCAGCGAGGAGUCCCGCAGGAACCCUGGGUUCAAGAGCAGCGAGCGGACAGUCAACGGAGACUCUGCUGGAGGUGAAGCCAGGGCCCCCGUCUCCCACCGACUGUCAGCGUUGAACGAUCAGCCGACUCCCCCGCAGCUCAACGUGCAGGAGAAAUACAAAGAAGCCCUGAAACAACAGAUAGAGGAACACAAAAGAAAGCAGGCGGACGAGAGAGUGAGACAGGCGAUGGAGGAGGAGGUGGAGGAGAAGAGGGUGUCGGAGGAGAGGACUCGCAUGCAGCAGAGGUACCAGGAGGAGGAAAGGAAGCAGACGAAGAUCGUGCUGGAGAACCAAAGUAGGAUCAGAGAGCCUGCAACACGUCGGCAGGAGGAGGACAAGAAGGCGAGGCAGGAACAAGAGACUGAGAAGAAAUAUCCUCAGAGCAGCAGGGACAGGGAGGAGGAAACAGCGCCUUUGACUUAUGAGCAGAGAGAGCCAUCUCCUCCUGUACCAGCCCUGCAGACGAAGCAGACGAACCCUGCGGCAUCCAGACCGUCCUCUGUCGUGAGCCAAGUCUCCCCCAGGAGUGAGCGCUCGGUGUCGGCGCCACACGGCCGACCGGUCCCUGUGAAAACGCCCCAGCCACAGGAUGGUCACCAUGGAGUGAUCCGAGAGCUGUCAGCCCUCCGCCGGUACCUGAGGAAGGAGCAGGAACAACUGGAGGUUCAGAUGGGCCGAACAGAUCGACAGGAGAGUCUCUACAUCCCGCCCGUCAGGCCCAGGAGACGACCCAGAGCUGAGGACUUUGAAUCGGCGCGCCAGGAAGACGAGCAGCCGCCCACUGCGACAAGUCACUCUGUCGCUGCACGUGUGAACAUGCAAAACAUCAGGGAUUUCAACCAGCUCAAAUACAGGGACUCAGCAUCUCGGGAGGAGGUCCUUCACGUGUACCCCGACCCCCCCACUGACGCACAGAGUCUGGACAUCCAACAGCAGGCACUCCUACGAGAACAGCAGCGCAAAGUCAGGCUCAUGAGGAGGGAAGAGGACCACGACUUUUUGGACCAGCAACUGUGGCGUUAUCUUUCUAGAAAAAAACCCGGGCGUCUCGUCCGCAGAAACUCCAUGUUGCCAUCUGAGAAUGCUUUUAUUGAUGUUUACAGCGGUGAAGAUGUUCCUCAGCGGAGACCCCCUCAGCCCUCAGCAGAGCGCCAGGGGAGGACGCCCCCACGGAGGAGACACGACUGUGACAUUUCCGCGAAUCAGAGGGAGCGUGACAUCCAGCCAGACGCUCGGCCUGUGAAGUCAUCGAGCGGUGAGCCUGAGGUCGGAGGCCACGACCAGCACAGCCCCGGGCGACGAGUCUCGUACACCGGUGAACACGACUGCAAAUCAGAGAGGCUGUCUGAUGAUGAAGUGGACGUCUUGUCUCUGCGUUCUGCCCUGGAGAGGCGCGUCUCCAUGGAGACCAUUGCCACAGAGGCCUGGCUGCGACCGGGCACCUCGGCUGCUCUCAGACGCUCGGCCUGUAGAGAGAGGCCACACAGCAGGAUGGAUGCGCCGCAGCGGCUCACGCACCACAUCACGUAGUUUGUCACCGGCUGACACUCGCCAACCUCCCUCUCCUGUGUGUCCGGGUGGAGGUUGUUAAUGGUUGUUCACAAAAUUUGUAUCUUCAAAGUCUUAUUAGUUAUCAGAAUUUGCUAAUAAUAAAUAUCCAUGUCUGUUAGAUUAGAGCAAAGUCGUUUGUUUCCCUCUCCAGGAAAAGAGCAGACUUUAGUUUGCAAUACAGAAUGAACUGCUCCGAUUUAGCCCAUGAACGCUUCAUACAUGUGAAUGUAUCAUAAACAUAUGCACUGUACAUUUUUGUGUUGCUAUUUUAGUUUUUAAAUUAAUACUGAGAGUCUAUUUUAUAAUAAAAACAAUUUUAAUUUCG